AUAACACACACUUUUACACACACACACUUUUACACACACGCACACACACACAGUCAGAGCUCAGAGGCUCCACAAGACGAGGAGAAGAUCAGAGCAGACAUCUUUCUUCCCAACAACCUAGCAGCGCAGAUCAGGGGUGUCUGAGACCUUCCCAUCAUGCCAGUGGUGUUCCGCUCCUCCCCGUUGAUGUGGUCCCGGAUAGCGGCCAUGGUGUUUGCUUGUGUGGCAUUUAGCGUUGCACUGUAUGGUGCACAGCUGACGCAUGGCACCGGAGACUGGUGUGUGUUCUGUUGGAGCUUCAGCUUCGCUGGGACGCUCCUGAUCCUCCUGGUGGAGAUCUGUGGCCUGCAGUCUCGCGCUCCUGUCUCCUGGAAGAACUUCCCCAUUACCUUCGCCUGCUAUGCCUCUCUGCUCUGUCUCUCUGCUUCCAUCAUCUUCCCUCUGUUCUUCCUGAAAGGCUAUGGGGGACGUGAGGAGACUGUCAACUGCCGAAUCGUCUCCACUGUCUUCUCCUGCCUUGCCACGCUCGCCUACUUCAGUGAGGUCAGCUUGAGCAAGGCGCGUCCAGGUGAAGUGUCCGGCUACAUGGCUACAGCGCCGGGUAUUCUGAAAGUCUGUGAGACCUUCAUCGCCUGUGUCAUCUUCGUUUUCAUCAGUGAUCCAGUGUCUUAUAACCAGAACGCAGCAACAAAAUGGUGUCUCUCGGUCUACUGCAUCUGCUUCAUCCUGUCAGCAGUUAUCAUCAUCAUGUGCAUCGGUGAGUGGACCGGACUGCUCCCAGUUUCCUUCCCACGUUUCCUGUCCAUCUAUGCUCUGCUUGCUGUAGCGAUGUAUCUCUCUGCCACCAUCAUCUGGCCCAUUUACAAGUUUGAUGAUAAACACGGAGGGAGCAGCCACCGGCCAAAUUCUUGCAGCUCCUUCAGCGGGCUCUGUUCAUGGGAUAAGCUGCUAGCCAUCGCUGUCCUCACUGCACUAAACUUCCUGCUGUAUCUCGCAGACCUGAUCUACUCAGCUAGGCUUGUCUUUGUUACGGUUUAAUCAACCUCGCAUCAUUUUCCAAUACUCUUUCUUUCCAGCCACCAUCUUAAAUUACUGUUAUUAGCUUGAAUGUGUGUUAGAUUAGCCUAUUCCAACAGCCCUGUUAUAAGUCUCCAUGUUUCUUUUCUAAAGCUGUUUAUAAAGAUUCUUUAAAAUUAAACUCCUAGUUAUCAAGCUGGUUAAGCAGAUGACCAGGUAAUUUGCAUGCUCACUUGUUAGCAAGACAGAUUAUUUUUGCUAGGUAGCACAUCCCACUAGCUAGUUAGCUAAAAAGCUGAUGCAACUCUGUACGAAGUGUUACUCGUUCACACAGUGUUUGGAGGAAGUCUAUGAGGGUGCAGUUGGACCAAGUAUUGAAAAGUGGUCAUGGUUUCAUGGUGUCUGUGGUGUUCUGAUGGUUUCAGUUUGUUCUUCCCAUGUCACCAUGAACACCACAGACGAUGCCACAUGAUCUUAAACGCGCUGCGUGGGAAAGCUGUUCAUUUUUCAGUAUUACGUUUUUCGGUGUUCAUUCGUAAAAGUUUAGUUUUCAGUGUAUUUUCAACAAUCGUACUAUACCAAAGAUAUUUGUGCAUCAGAGUCAUUUUUAAAGAAAAUUUCAAAAUUCAGGUUGCUACUGUAGAGCUUUAAGCAUUUCAAAUAAAAAUUUUCAAAGUUUAUCAUCACCCUUUUUUUUUACACUUCCAACUUAGUUAGUAUUAAUAAUAAUAUAUUAUAUCUCUCCGAACAUUGACGCUCUCUCAGAUUAGCCACGAUUAGUGCACUGACUGGAUCUGUGUAUUAUGGUAAUUGUUAUGAAGCGGCAUGUAGUGUUGGUGUUUAUGGAUUAGUGCAGAAAUGUGUGCACUUUUCACCAGCGGUGGAGGAAAUAUUAAGAUUCUUUACUUCAGUAAAAGUCCUAAUGCCACACUGUGGAAAUAUUCCACUACAAGAAAAAGUCCUCCAUUAAAAACCUUACUUACUUCAAAGUGUGUAAGUAUUAUCAACAAAAUUUAUUCAAGUAUUAAAAGUAAAAGUCCUCGCUGUGCGGUAAAAUGUUCCCUGUCCGUGUUGUACUAUUAUAUCUGAUGGUUUUGGAUUAAUAUUAGUGCUACAUUAAUGUGUAUGUGGCACUUUACUGCUGUAGAUGUUUAUGGUAAAUUUUAGAUCGGAAAAACACCCCGAGGUUCCUCUUUGUGACGAUGCAUUUUCCAGCUAAUCCGAGAGGGUUAUUAAAUUGUUUAUUUAGCUGAAGAAGUAUGACAAUUUUCUCAAACCAUAAAGGAACAUUUAAUCCUUCAGUUCAUCGCAAACGUUAAAAAUCACCACAUUUGUAGACGGGCGGUUUUCACUGGAUAGGAACCGUCUGAAAAGUGAUCAGUAACUAACGCUGUCAGAUAAACGUCGUGGAGUAAAAAGUACCCUGAGUUGUAGUGGAGUAGAAGGAUGAAGCUGCAUCAAAUGGAAAUAGUGAAGUAAAGUAAAAGUGACUUGAAUUAGUAUUUCAGUGGCAUACUCGGACAGAGUAAACGUACCGAGUUCCAUUCCAACACUGACUUUCACCAUCAAGUGUUUCAGUACUACGUCUAAAACAACCAGGUGAAGAAUUACAUGUAUAUUCUGAUUUAUGAUGAUUUUCACUCAGUGCAGCUGAGCUAGUGGACGCUAACUGCAAGCUAAUUAAAUUCGCAGCUAUGUCAGACUUCAGACAUUAAAAUAGACACAGUUUAAGAAGUAUUACUCCUAUAACUAUUCCACAAUAAUAAUCCUGAGGUUUUCUGGCUCUGAAUGUUGAUGCUAAUUCUCUCACAUCAGCACGCUGACUGAAGCUCUGACAUAACGCAGCGUGCAUGGCUAAUGCGCUGGCGCUAAUCGAUUAGUAAGAAAUGCAUACCCUUACGAAAAUUAAUCAUGGUUUUACUAUGAAAACUAACCAUGGUUUUACUAUGGUUUAUAGUUAUUCAUGGUUUUUUGGGUAACCAUGGUGCAUUUUACCUCAAUGUUCACUUAAAUUUUUAGGUUCUAAGUAAAUGUUAAUGUAUCUGGGCUGUUAAUCGAGAUCCUUCUCUACAGCAUUGACUGUUGGACGAAAGCACGGUAAUACUACAGUUAGUGCAUCCUUUUAAAAACCAUACUAUCCCUUUUUAAACUAAUUUCGUAGUUACUAUGACCUAUUACACAUACAACUAUGAUGCUACCACAGCUACUGCAGUACUAUGGAUAAACCAGAGUAAUGCUAUGGUUGGUUCAUAGUACUUAGAAUCAUCCUUGAAAUACCAUAGUAGAACCAUGGUUACUACAUAAAAACCAUGGUAAAACCAUAGUAGAUUUUCGUAAGGGUAACUUCACUCACUUUCUGAUUCAUAUCGAUGAAGGUUUACUGGGCUAGUUAUAUGUUAGCACAUGGUAACGAGUAACAUGUUAACCACUUGACUCAUGUUAUUAGCAUUUAUAUCCCAUUUUGUCAAAUAUAUAGUCACUGACUUAAAGAAUAAAAAACCCUCAGUUUCACUCAGUGAAGGGAUUUUGGAUGGCAGCCAUUUAAAAAAAACCCUGAAAAUAGUCAUGUGAUUAAAUUCUGGUCAGACGUGAUUGUUAACGCUUUUAGCUAAAUGUUCAGUUUAUCUCGACCCGAAUGUUUUUCCCUCCACAUUCAGAAGAAUUUUAAAUAUUCCGACAUAUAAUGUCACCGAUUAAAAUAUAGCAUGUUAGCUAAGUGACAAAGUACAAAUUUAAAGACAAUAAUGAAAAUUUUAGGAAGAAUUACGUACAUGGUGAUAUAUUGUGAUUGUCCGUGUUUUUCAGUUUAUUCUGCUUUUGACAUUAACAUGAGCAUAUCAAUAUUACAGCAUGUGUAUGCAAAAUAUAUGGAAAUUAUAUGCAAAUGAAGUGUUUUGUAUGUAAAUGUAAGCUGUUUGUGUAGUACAUCAUUAAGCUGGAUGAGUUACACACGAGUGUGUUUGUUAUACAGCGUGUGUGUCUGUCACGGGCUGUUACAGUGACGUCAUCACUCUCACACUGGUGCAUUGUGGGAAAUGAGCUCGGAAAAAAAAAAGAAAUAAAGAAAAAGCAAUGUCCCUGUGUGUCUGAGAUCUCUACUCAUGUGUGGUGCUCUCUCUCUCUCUCUCUCUCUCUCUCUCUCUCUCUCUCUCUCUCUCUCUCUCUCACUUGCUGGUA